AAACUUUAAGAAAAAAUCACUUUAGAGGAUUCUUGCUCUUAUAAAUGUACUCCCAAAGUCAUAAGACAGCAGCUCCUUAGUCCUCACUCAACCUUUAUAAAUAAAGUUCUCUGCCUGUUCUAGUCUCCCAAGACAUCCACUUCCCUACCAGAUAAUAAUACCAAUCUAGAGAGAGAAAGAAAGGGGGAGGGAGAGAGAGGGAUGACAACCAGCAUCAAUCCUCAAGUUGAAGAUCAAAUGGUACUCAUAUCUCAGUUCUAUCCUGGGAUAUACACCCAGCUGGUACCCCAACAAGGAGAGGCGAAACCACGGAGGCGGCGGAAGAAGAGCAAGGGAGAAGGUAGCGGUGGCGGAGCAGCAAGGAAGAGGAAGCUUAGCGACGAACAAGCGAACCUCCUUGAGCUGAACUUUGGAAAUGAACAUAAACUCGAGUCAGAGAGGAAGGACCGCCUGGCUUCUGAACUGGGUUUGGAUCCACGCCAAGUGGCGGUUUGGUUUCAGAACCGAAGGGCUCGGUGGAAGAACAAGAAACUGGAGGAGGAGUACUCCAAGUUGAAGACCGAACUUGACAGUGCUGUAGUCGAGAAAUGCCACCUCGAAACCGAGGUAAUGAAACUCAAGGAACAGCUUUCCGAGGCAGAGAAGGAGAUACAAAGGCUACUGGAGAGAUGCGAUGGCGUUUCAAGCAACAGCCCGGCUUCAUCGUUCUCCAUGGAAGCCAUGGAUCCACCUCCUUUUCUAGGGGAGUUUGGGAUGGAAGGGUUUGGAAAUAUUUUUUAUGUGCCAGAAAACAAUUACAAUCAUGGCAUGGAAUGGGUUAAUCUUAUAUGAUAUGUAAUUAAAGCAAUUCUAGUAUUAAUGUAGCUAGUGACCAUCUUAUGUA